AUGAUUGGUUGUGUGGAUCUGGAAAAACAACAGUUGGAAAAUAUUUGGCUAAAAAACUUGGAUAUACAUUUAUUGAUAGUGCUUCAUAGUGAAUUAUAUCUAAAAAAUGGACAAAAAGCAGUAUCUAUUGCACAAAAUAAUAGAAUUAGAAAAAUAAUAAAUGAAAUUAUUCAAGAAAUUACAAGAAAAAAGAGAUUUGUUGUAGUUGGACAUGAUGUAACAACAAAUAUUCUUCCAAAUGCUGAUAUAAAAAUUGUCCUUACAGCUAAUCUAAUUACACAUAUUAAUAGAAGAUGUGAUGAAACUAAAAGCACAGCUACUAAAAUUACUCGCGAUAUUUUAUUUAGAGAUGAAAAAUCAUACAAAUUUAUUGAAGAUGCAAUUAAAGUUUUAACAUCUAUCGACACUACAUAUUUAUCAAUUAACCAAAGGGAAAGGAGAUCAAUAGCAAUGUGGAAGGUGGAUAUCGCUGGCUGA